GGCCUUAGGGAAUCGGCCACGCACUCUCUCUGUUCAAAUUUCGAACUAAAUCCCGAACCUUCCAUCUUCUUCUUCCCUAGAAUUCCCCAGAAACCAACAAAAAAAAGCUAUAAAUCCUAUUCCCCUCUUCCCUCUCUUUCACUUAUAAAUUACUCCGCAAUCCCCUGAUUUCACCGAUCUCAAAUACCACCAAAAAUGGCAGAAUCAAAGGCGAUACAAGCAUUAUUCUCAAUAAUCUUCAUCUUUUCUUUUCUUGUUACCUCAUCCCAACCUUCCCUUCUUCCAUUUAUCGACCCAUUUGGGAUUCUUGAACAAACCCCAUUUGGGUUACUCGAAAACGAAAACAGAGAUGCUUUACAACAGCAGCAGAUGCAGCCACUCCCGCCGGCGAGAGUUGACUGGAAAGAGACGCCGGAGAGUCACCAGAUCAUGCUGGAUGUACCAGGAAUGAACAAGGAGGAACUGAAGAUCGAAUUGGACGAGGAGAACAGGAUUUUGAAAGUGAUCGGAGAGAGGAAAAGGGAAGAGGAAAAACAGAGUGAUCAUUGGCAUAGAAUGGAACGAAGCUAUGGAAAAUUCUGGAGGCAAUUUCGGCUGCCGGUUAAUGCGGAUAUGGAGUCUGUUAAAGCUCAGCUUUCGAAUGGGGUUCUUAAGGUCACUUUGUCGAAGCUUUCGCCGGAGAAGAUUAGGUCGAGAGUGGUCGGCAUUUUGGAUGAACAACCGCCGGAAGGCGAGCUGAACAAGUCCGGCGGGGCCAGGCAGGACUGUGAGACUAUGAGUGAGAGGGAUCAAUUUUCUUGUUGUUAAUGUAUUGUGUAUAUGUAAAUUAAGAUGGUACUUUAUGUAAUGUUGAGGACUAAGAAUAAGAGUACUCUUUGAGAAGGAAAAUAAUGGCAUCUUGGCAACUUAAAAUGAAA